GUGAUGAGAUGAUGAAGACGAUAACCGAACCUUUUUUUUUUCAGACGAAAAUUGCAGUGAGGUUCACGUUUGAUUGUCUGAUGGAGAAAUGCAAAUAAGACAGAAAAUUCAACAACUUGAGAUCUAAUUUCGUCCCUUAAAUCAUCUUUGGAGCCGCAGUUUCAGAUUUUGCUUCCAAUCGAUUCACUCACUGACGAAUUCCCAAAUUAAAAUCCCCACUUUCCCCUUUUGAUUUCCCUGCUUUUGUGGGUCGUUUCGUUUCUCUUUAUACCCUCUUGGCUUUUUGGCUGCAGAUUUUGUUGAUAUUCUCUCGUGGGAGGUUAUCUUAUGAUGGGCUGUUAAAUUGCUUUAAUUUGUUAAAUUUUCGUUGGGAAUUUUUGAAGAUUGCCUCUUUCCUCUUAGAAGAUACUAGUUCACCUGACGAAAACAUGGCUCAGAAACUGCAAUCUAUCAAAGGUGGUGGAGGAUCCAUUAAGGUUGGAGCUACUGGAACUAUUAGCUCCUUGAUGAUGAGGGAAUUAGAGUCAAUGAGAUCUGGCCCCCAGAAGUCGGUAGCUUCCAAAAACAAAUCUUUGUCGUCUACUACUACUACUUCUACCUCGUCUGCUGCUUCCAUUCCUAAAAGAUUGCAACAAAGUAGAUCGUUAGAUGAAGUAAGCAAUGGUAGAAGAUAUAAUAGUGUCAAUAACAGAAGCUUUGGGAACUCUCAUAAUAGUACUAAAACCAGUUCGAGGGAUGUCCACCGAAUGCCAAUGCUUGGUUCUAAUGAUAAUUAUACAGAUGGAAACAACAGCUAUAGAGGGAAACCAGAAAGGAAAGGACUUAGAGCAGUUGCAAUUGUGGAUGUAAAGUGCAAUAACCCUGAUAGAGCUUGGGCUAGUCGCCCUCUAUCAAAUCGACUCAGAAAACUCGGUUUUGCAAAGCUAUCUGAAACCUUUGCUUGACACUAAAAACUUUCUCCAUUAGUUUAAAUAGGCUGCAUUCUAUCUGAAUCUGUCACUUGGCAGGAGCUCCGCCACCCUCCAAGUUUUCUUAUAGAUUUUGGGAUUCAAAUGACAUAAAGGGAGCUGCAAGUCACAUUGGAGAGCCGAAAUCGACCUUGGGUUGCCCUUUUCAUCAGGAGGCUGCUUGCAUUCAAGUGUCUUCUAGGCAAUUUAGCUUGACUCAUCACCCGUUCGUGCUCCGCCAAUCCAGUUGGAAGCUACACCGUGUUCUAGUCGUUAGACGUUUUAUUUCCUUAAUCAAAAGUGAAAAGAAAGCUGGCUUGGCUUUGUUGUUUUCUCUUGGAUGGUAAUUUGUUCUCUUCCCAUAUUUGACAUGUUUGCACUCAAAAACAUGUAAGUUGUGUAAUAGUAAAGAAUUUUUCUUUCCCACUUGGGUCUCUUUUUGCAUUUUUUCAGUGUAUUUCAACCCAUUGCUUGCUUAUGACUAUAAUUUGCUCCAAAUUCUUUGCUUUUUGCAAGUGAUCUAGUAGACCAACUUACCAAAGUUUCCAUUGA